AGAUUUAAACUAAAAAAAAUGGCGUUACAAAUUAUUAUUCCUGACCUCAAUUGCUUUAUAUGUGGAAAUGUUUUGAAUUCAAAGGGAAAGACAAUCUUGGAAACAACAGAAAUAAGUGAUAAACUUAUUUAUGAAUUUAUUGAAUCAUUUAUUGACGAAAAGUUUGAAGAAUCAGUGAUAUCAAAUGAAUGUCCUGCUAAAAUUUGUGACGGUUGUUAUGAAAAAUUGCAAGAAUAUGACGAAAUAUGUCUUAGAGCUUCGAAAAUUCAAGAGGAAAUCGCUGAUAAUUUCAAUAAAACACAAAUAAGUCUUUAUGAAACUCCUUGCAAUGACUCUAAUUUUAAGGAGGAUCCAUUUUUUGAUAGUGAAGAUAUAAUUGUCGAGUAUGUUGAUGAUUAUUCAAAUGAUCAAGAAAGUGAAAAAUCCGUCAAUGUUGACAUAAAACCAUCGCCAAAAAAGAUUCAAGACAAAAAGCAAUCAAGUACCAAUUAUACUUGCAAUAUUUGUUCUGAAGUUUUUAAGAAAAAGAAUGAAUAUUUAAUACAUGCAAAGUUGGCUCAUUUACCAGAAAACGCUGAAACCUUCACAUGUUCAAAAUGCAGUGACGACACAAUUUUUCAAUCGAGUACCAAUCAUACUUGCAAUAUUUGUUCAGAAAACGCUGAAACCUUCACAUGUUCAAAAUGCAGUGACGACACAAUUUUUGUCAGUGAAAUGGAAUUAAAAUUACACUACGUUGUUGAACAUCCCAAUGAUUCUUCUUCAUCAUCCUUUGAAUGUCCAGUUUGUAAUAAAUCAUUCUCAACCAAAGCAUUGCUUGGAAGGCAUUUUGGAAUUCAUUCAUCAGCAUCGAGUCGUCCUCAUAUCUGCGAGUUUUGUGGCAAAACAUUCUUUCAUUAUAGCUCAUUUCAAGCACAUACGAAAAAUCAUCUCAAUGUUCGAGAUUACGUUUGCUCAAUUUGCACUAAAAGUUUUCGAUCGCAAUCACAUUUGAAUCGUCAUAUGAAAACUCAUACAAAACAGAGAGAUCACAAAUGUCCAGAGUGCGGAAGUCGAUUUGCUGAACGUUACAAUCUAACUGCUCAUGUCAAAACUCACUAUGGAAUACCAAGAAAGAAGCGACAAGUCUCGCAAUCGCAAGCUUCAUCAGAUGACGUUUAAAAAUUUCCUUAAAGCUUUUUAUCAAUGAUUCGAUAACUUGUUUAAAUUAAAAAAAAUUAUGAAAUGAAAUAAAUACAAAUAAACCUUCAUA